GAAGGACGUCCUCUCCCGCAUUCCCGCAUUCCUGACAUCAACAAGGCACCCUUCCUUCAACGAUCCAUUUAUUGUUGCCAUGGCAGAACACAAGUCUCCUCACAUGCUCUUCCAAAAUCAUGCACAAAGUUACCUGCAGUACUGACACGCAAUCUGUGAGCAGUUCAUUUCUCCCCCCUUGCCUAAUAUCAGACAUUGAGAACAGUCUGGUCAGACGCCCGCAGCUGACGUGAACGGCACUGAGGUACGCCUCCGCAAGAAGCCUUGAGCUUUUCUUCCGAGGGUGCAGCGACAACUCCUCCCCUCCUUCUAGCAACAGGCGCUGCAGCGCUAAGAAAGCCACCAAGAUUUCUUGUAAGCUAAACUUCAACCAACAAAAGCUGCCAGUACAAAUAGAAAGUGAAGAUAGCCAUGUUGGGACCAAAGCAGCUGGUUGAGUUCUUCAGCCGUCUCCUCCGCUGGAACCGCCCCCCCCAAAAGAAACAAAUCUACAAGAUCGCGUCUGAUGACGACGACCUUGAAGCGCUCUGCACCUCCAGUCCUGAACUCAAACUUGACUGGCGAAAGAGUUCAAGAGCCAAGAACCGCGCCCUCCAAGCAGCGGAAACAGCAGGCAAGAAAGCAAAUAGCUUAUGCUGCCGGGGCUUCGGCACCUCCCUGCUUAUAUUUGCACUGUUGGUCUCGCUCCUCCUGUCCCUGACCUACAUCGGGAAGCUACACAGCAGCCCAGGGUGCGCAUCCGGCGCGGGCCAGGCUGCCUUCCAACUCGCCACCGCUUUCAAGACCACUCUAAGCACUACGCAGACACAGCUCCAGAAAGUGGCGACCUCCAUCCUCGGACGGCCAGAUGACCGGACGCUUCUAGUUGGAAUUGUGACGCAUUCGGACGCGAUGGAGAAAAGGGCGAUGCUGCGGGAGGUGUAUUCGCCGGUGGUGCCGCGAGGGGUGGACGUGGUGUUCGUGUUCCCAAGGCAGGAGGACGAGAAGAUGGGGCUGCUGCUGGAGUUGGAGGCGCAGAAGUUUGGGGACAUCGUGGUGUUGAAUGACACAAUGAGCGACGAGGAUGGCCUUGCGUUUGCGUGGUUCAAGGCGGCUGCUUUACGGGUUCCCAAGCUGAUGGCGUCUCGAGCAAGGAGCCGAGUGCCGGUGGCAUACAGCUUUGUCAUGAAAGCCGAGGACGACACUUUCCUGCACCUGCCGAACCUCCUCACGUAUUUUCAUUCGCUCCCCCGCAAGCCCUUCACCUACUGGGGCCGCUUCCUGGACGACGGGUCUGGCGCCGCGCGCUCGGCCUUUGUGGUUUCCUGGGACCUCGCUCAAUGGAUUGGCUACUCAGUGCCUGGGGUGCUGACCGCUGACAUGGGCAGCCCACGCAUGAAGCACGUGCUCGAACUGCACGGGGGGGUCAACUGGUCGAGCGCCAAGCGCGAGGAGUGGUACGACACCCCGCUGUCUGGGACGGGUGGUUGGGCCCAUGAUUACACCAACCAGACGUUGGUUGUCCACGGUACGAACGAAACGUGGAAGCUGCUCGACGCGGCGCAGCACUUUUACGGGCCGCUCUAUGAAGAGCAGCGCCUGAAGGGUCUGUCGAAUUGAUACCCCUAGAGGUUUGUUGUUAGCACGCAAUUGCCAUACGUAUAGAUCGCCAGAUCCUCCAUGACAGUCAAGGUUGAUGAUUGGGGUUGGCGACUUGCCGGGCCCGUAAGGUCGGUUAGACGAGUUGCACUUUAAUCAGGAUAUAGAUUCUGCAGCGAGUUGCAUCUUGGAAUUUUCUGCUAGCUAGGAUGAGUGGCAAAUGCAUAGACCUAGUGAUAGUUUGUAGCAGCUGUUAGCUGUGCUGGUUAUUCUUGUUGUGCAUGAUUCGCUUAGAAGACCUGCUGACAAUCUUGAGCGGGGGGCCAUAUUUUAGAUUCCGCAUAUGAUUGACUCUACGAAUCCGAUCAGUUUAGCUUGAGU